AUGGCAGUCCAGGACAGGACACUCGUCUCGCCCAACCCCCCCGGCGGGGAGCCCGGCGCCGUGCUCGUGGAGACGGAGCGGCUGCUCAUCCGCCGCUACGUGGCCGCCGACGCGCAGCUCCUCGCCGCGGCGGCCGACCACGCGUCCAUCGGGGACGGCCUGCGCGACCGCUUCCCCUCGCCGUACACGCUCGCCGACGCGGAGGCGUUUCUGGCGCGGCACGGCGGCCCCGUGGAGAAUCGGUAUCCCGUACACGCGGCGAUUUUUGUGAAGAAGCUGGGGGAUGAGAAGGCGCGAGAUGCUGCUGCUUCUACCGAUGCAAGAGGCGACGACAACGAGCAUACUAGCGGCAGCUUCAACAACAGCCAGCAGCUCCAAUACAUCGGCGCCCUGGGUGUCAUGCCCGGCGACGACGUCGAGUACCGCACCUGGGAGCUCGGCUACUGGCUCACGCCCGCGGGCUGGGGCAGGGGGUACAUGACGGAGGCGGUGCGCGGGUUCACGCGCUGGGCCUUUGCGACGUGGCCCGCCCUGCACCGCAUCGAGGCGACGCCCUUUUCCAGCAACCCGCAGAGCUGCCGCCUGCUGGGCAAGUGCGGCUUCGUCGAGGAGGGCCGCCGGCGCGGCGCCGCGGAGAAGAAGGGCGCGGUGGUGGACAUUGUCGUGUUUGGGCUGCUGCGGAGCGAUGUCGUCGUCGUCGAGGCGGAGGAGGAGACAACGCGAGAGAGUGGGUGA